AUGGAGAAACAUUGUGGCUCAGCUAAACAUUGUGGCUCAGAGAAACAUUGUGGCUCAGCUAAACAUUGUGGCUCAGAGAAACAUUGUGGCUCAGCUAAACAUUGUGGCUCAGAGAAACAUUGUGGCUCAGAGAAACAUUGUGGCUCAGCUAAACAUUGUGGCUCAGAGAAACAUUGUGGCUCAGCUAAACAUUGUGGCUCAGAGAAACAUUGUGGCUCAGCUAAACAUUGUGGCUCAGAGAAACAUUGUGGCUCAGAGAAACAUUGUGGCUCAGAGAAACAUUGUGGCUCAGAGAAACAUUGUGGCUCAGCUAAACAUUGUGGCUCAGCUAAACAUUGUGGCUCAGCUAAACAUUGUGGCUCAAAGAAACAUUGUGGCUCAGAUAAACAUUGUGACUCAGAGAAACAUUAUGGCUCAGAGAAACAUUGUGGCUUAGCUAAAUAUUGUGGCUCAGAGAAACAUUGUGGCUCAGAGAAACAUUGUGGCUCAGAGAAACAUUGUGGCUCAGAGAAACAUUGUGGCUCAGAGAAACAUUGUGGCUUAGCUAAACAUUGUGGCUCAGAGAAACAUUGUGGCUCAGAGAAACAUUGUGGCUCAGCUAAACAUUGUGGCUCAGAGAAACAUUGUGGCUCAGAGAAACAUUGUGGCUCAGCUAAACAUUGUGGCUCAGAGAAACAUUGUGGCUCAGAGAAACAUUGUGGCUCAGCUAAACAUUGUGGCUCAGAGAAACAUUGUGGCUCAGCUAAACAUUGUGGCUCAGAGAAACAUUGUGGCUCAGCUAAACAUUGUGGCUCAGAGAAACAUUGUGGCUCAGCUAAACAUUGUGGCUCAGAGAAACAUUGUGGCUCAGCUAAACAUUGUGGCUCAGAGAAACAUUGUGGCUCAGAGAAACAUUGUGGCUCAGCUAAACAUUGUGGCUCAGAGAAACAUUGUGGCUCAGAUAAACAUUGUGGCUCAGAUAAACAUUGUGGAUACACAACUUUUGAGGAAAAGGGGAGGGGGGCGAUUUUUUUAAAAAAACUUAUGAACCUGACCCCAGUCAACUCUCCAGAGAGUGACAAGGAAGACAAGGCCAGGGCAAGGCAGCACCCGCUUAACAAUAUGUAA